AAGGAAAAAUUAGCUAAAGUGUUGGUCGCACAAGCAAGCUACUCAUUUGAUCGAUGCUCGUUUGAACGAAGAUAGCACUGUUUCCCAUUGAAGCCCAGUGAAGCCUGGCAAGGCUUUCAUCGGCCACCUAAGUCUCCAGAUGGAAGAAUCUCAGAUCAGUUAAGAGGAGAGAGAAGUUGCACAAGCUCUUCAUUAGCAGUUUGAGGAGACCGAAGAUCAUGCAUAUGGCAGUUGCAGUCUCAGAUAGCUAUGGAGAGGCAUGCAUUCAGUUGCUGUUGAAGAACUCUUCCUCAACUACUGAUAAGAGGAAACAAAUUCAACCAUUAAAACCAACAAAAGCCAAACCAAUCACAAAUCUCUAGAAAUCAACCUCUCACCAAGCAAUCUAGAAUCGCCAAAAUUAUGUAUAUCUAUUAUGUGAAGGAGAGGGGAAAAUCAACGCCUUCCCAUGCCUACUGAAGCGAUCUUGGCUUUACUGAGAGAGGAUUUGUGAGAAAUCUAUCCACCGAGAUAUAUAUAUAAAUAUAUAUUUAGUUGUUUUGUUUUGUUGUUUGAAGUGAAAGUUAUCCCAAUCGACGUUUAAGUUUAGAGUUGGAUUUAUCAAUAAUUCAGAUGCAAACGUAAUAAGAAAUUACGACACGGCAGCGUACUGAUAAAAAAUUUAUUCAUAGUAUUUGUAACGUGCGCGCCGCCGCGUACAAAUCCCCAAACUCCCAUUACUCUCCCGUCAGUUUUCUCGCUGCCACGCCAUCACCCUCCCACGCGCCACCAUGCAAUCCGCCUUUGUCUCUCCACGCGCAACCCCAAUCAAAGUUCUAACCUCUUGCCAUGGCUCCCUUAAUCAGCCCGCCUUCUCCUCUCGCCCCUUCCCCCUCCGAGUUGCAGCCCAAUCGCAGGAUGCUAUCACCGCAGACCCUUCACAGGCAUCUAUCGUAGCUCUCCAACUGAACAAGUACAGUUCUCGCAUCACUGAGCCCAAAUCACAAGGUGGUUCGCAAGCUAUUCUCCAUGGAGUGGGUCUAUCAGACGAAGACCUGAGUAAACCUCAGAUAGGUAUCUCCUCAGUCUGGUAUGAAGGGAACACUUGAAAUAUGCACUUGCUGAGAUUAUCAGAGGCUGUUAAGGAAGGGGUGAAUGAGGCAGGGAUGGUUGAGUUCAGGUUUAACACAAUUGGGGUCAGUGAUGCCAUUUCUAUGGGAACCAGAGGGAUGUGCUAUAGCUUACAAAGCAGAGAUUUCAUUGCUGAUAGUAUUGAAACUGUAAUGAGUGCUCAAUGGUACGAUGGGAAUAUUUCCAUCCCUGGAUGCGAUAGAAAUAUUUUGGAGGUAUCCUUGUUGGGGGAUUUUUGCUUAGUUCUUCAGGGCAUUAGCUGAAAUGUUGAUAUACCACAUUCAUCUCAGUCUUCUACCAUAUUUACUUGUUUAGUUACGGGCAGCUAUGUUUUCAGUAGAACGGGUGAUUGUUUUAUCUGUAAAACUCUUCAAUACCUGCAGAAAACCAAUUGAAGUUGGAUGAGUGCCGUUUAGCUGGAAAGUAUCUUUUAGAAUUAUUGAAAAUGGACUUGAAACCAUGAGAUAUUAUCACUUGUCAGUCGCUAAAUAAUGCAAUGGUGUUGUUGUCAUGGCAUUAGGUGGGUCUACUAAUGCUGUGUUGCAUUUAAUUGCUAUAGCCAGGUCUGUUGGACUGGAGUUAACAGUUGAAGAUUUCCAGAAGGUCAGUGAUAAGGUUCCAUUCCUUGCAGAUCUAAAGCCUAGUGGCAAAUAUGUCAUGGAGGAUCUGCAUAAGAUUGGAGGAACACCUGUGAUCCUUCGUUAUAUUUUGGAACUAGGUUUUCUGGAUGGUGAUUGUUUGACCGUUACUGGGAAGACAUUGGCUGAAAAUGUGCAAAACUGCCCACCUUUGGAUGAGGGGGAGGUGGAUGGCAUUGACAUAAUAAGGCCAUUAGAGAACCCCAUCAAGGAAACAGGUCACAUCCAAAUAUUACGUGGAAAUCUUGCACCGGAGGGUUCUGUAGCAAAAAUCACUGGAAAAGAAGGACUUUAUUUCUCUGGUCCUACACUCAUCUUUGAAGGAGAGGAAGCUAUGAUUGCAGCUAUAUCUGAAAAUCCUAUGAAUUUUAAGGAUUGUGCAAUGUUGACUGAUGGUAGGUUUUCAGGAGGUUCACAUGGAUUUGUUGUUGGUCAUGUAUGCCCUGAAGCACAGGAUGGUGAUCCAAUUGGUCUUGUUCGAAAUGGUGACAUCAUCAGAAUUGAUGUCAGAAACAGGAGAAUAGACGUUGAGGUAGCAGAACAGGAAAUGGAAGAGCGAAGAAAGAAUUGGACACCCCUUCCAUUUAAAGCUACAAGUGGAGUUCUGUACAAGUACAUCAAGAAUGUACAAUUUUAAAAUUAGAGAGUAUAGUGGGAGAACAAAUCUUUGCUUGCCACGCACCUAUGCUGGGAACUUAGCGCAGCUUAGGCUUUUCAUUUGCCCCUUCAACUAAUGUUUGUUCGGUGGAAUUUUUAUUAUGCUCCUUUUUAUUUUAUUUCUUAGUGUUUUUAAUAUCUCCUCUUUGCAAUUUCAAGCGUGCUUGUUGCAAUGCAGUGACAAUAAUGAGCUCAAGUGAAGACAAUAAGAUCAUCUCCAAGUUAAGAUGUUUGUAUCUCAAGUCAAUUUUCUCCUAUUUUUCAAAGCGUGAUUUGUAGAGAGAAACAAGUAUUGAUGACGCAAUGCACACCGUGUAUUGAUUUGAUACAUGAAAGCCCCAUUCCUUUUUAUUUUU